AUGCGGCAUGGCUGGAAAGCCGCCCAUGACAGUAAGCAUGCAUUGUUCUUGUCUAUUCUUGUUGAAGUUUCUCUGGUUGUAAGCCUAUACACUUUCAUUCUUUCAGCUAUAAAGAUAUCUUCCUCUUUGCUCUCGUAUUCCCUAAUCUACUGUAAGCGUCUAGAUGUUUCUUCUCCAAACUUAUGCAUUGUGAAGAAUCCUUUUUCCCACGACGAUGUUGUGGUGAUUCAAUAUGUCUUUCCGGUGAAGCUCGGAGGUGGAGAUUUUCCUUUUAUCUUCCAAUUGAAGGUUAUUGCCUUUCAAUUUCACAGAAAAUUUGGUAAUUUUCUUCCAAUUAUAACUGUGUUUUCACUGAGUUCUAGUUUGGUGAAUUUCGGAACCCUAAUUUCUCGAAGUAACUUUGCUAUGGCCCCUAAUGUUGAUGCUUCAAAUGUUACCACUACUGCUUCAUCUAGUAUUGUUGAGUCGUCACAUCCUUUAUACCUGUAUCCCUCUGAUUCCCCUGGUACAGUUUUGGUUACAAAAUGUUUUAAUGGGACGGGGUAUGGAGGAUGGAGAAGAAGCAUGCUGAUUGGUUUGUCAUGUAAGAACAAGUUGGGAAUUAUAAAUGGAACUAUCCCUAAGCCUAGAGCAAAUUCUGUUUUGUUCGAACCAUGGAUUCGUUGUAACGAUAUGGUCACUGCUUGGAUACUAAAUAGCUUGGAUACAGAAAUUAGAGAGAGCGUGAUGUAUACUGAAUCCGCACAAAAACUGUGGCAAGAGAUUGAGCAGCGCUAUGGCAAGGGAUCCUCCAGCAUUGCAUAUUAUUUUAACCGUAUUAAGAAACUUUGGGAUGAAUUAGCGUACUCUAUCUCAUAUCCAGAUUGCACUUGUGGAUGUAAGGAAGCAUUUCAGAAGAUAGAAGAAGAGCAAAAGGUUCAUCAGUUCUUAAUGGGGCUAAAUGAGUCUUACACUGGAGUUAGGAGAAAUAUCUUGCUUAUGAAGCCCUUGCCUGAUAUUGACAGUGUAUAUGCAAUGUUGAUAGAAGAUGAGAGUCAAGUUGAGAGUCUGUCCUCCAAUCCAGCCUUUAUUUCAGAUUCUGCUUCUUUUGCUACUGGAGUUCAGAAGCCCUUCAGUUCUGCUUACAAUUCAGAAGCUACCAUUCAGAAGCCUUUUAAUUCAAGGGUAAAUUUUGACUCGGCAAAUAGGGGCAACUCUAAUUUGAUGUGUAGAUAUUGUAAGAAGCCAGGACAUCUCAUUGAUAAAUGCUACAAACUACAUGGGUAUCCUUCUGGUUUUGGAGCCAAAUUCAAGAGGUCUGUAGCUUAUGUUCAUGUGUCAGAACCAUCCAAUAUGGGACAACCUGAUAAUUCUGAUUCUGAAGGAUCUAAAGCAAUUCCACUCGACAUUGGAGGGAAUAUUUUGACAAAGGAACAGUAUGAUCAGUUGAUAACUCUACUUCAACAAUCCAAGUUUUCAUCCACUGCUCAGGAGAGCACAUCUGCUUCAGCCAACUUUGCAGGUUUGAUAACUAAUACUGCUUUUGAUAAUUGUGGUUUUCACACUUGCAAUCUGUCUAGGGUAGAGGACAGUUUUUGGAUUAUAGACUCAGGUGCAACUAAUCAUAUGACUCCUCAUGCAACACUACUCACUGAUAUUAAAACUCUUCCAUUACCCUAUCUUGUUACACUUCCUAAUGGCUAUAAGGUUAAAGUGACCUGUACUAGUACUCUUUUCCUUACCAACACAAUGUUUCUUCCUGAUGUUUUACUUGUUCCCUCUUUUCACUACAAUCUCAUUUCUUUGCAUCAAUUGUUGGUACAACUUCAGUGCAAUGCUUUCUUUACUCAUUAUGCUUGUGCUCUAUUGCAGGGCCCUUUUCUGAAGAAGCCACUGGUUCUUGGUAAGCUUCAGAAGGGGCUAUACAUUCUUCAACAAGCUGCCCUUAGUAAUUCCAAUUCUUCCCCUUCUUUUCUUGUAAAUACCAUUACUGAUUAA